GUUGGCUUUCCCAGUGUGCGUAUCCCAGUGUUGCUCAGUGAACCGUGCGGCAGACAGUGCCACUGUGUCUGUGUGUAGCUCUAGCUGUAUUGAACUCUGCUCACUGCUGACCAGUGGAGAGUGAAGAGAGGGAGGAGUGGGAGGAGGAACAGAGAGCCAGACGCCCUGUCGGAGGGUUUGCCCGGCAGAGGCAGUUUUCCAUGAUAGGUUCUGCAACCAUGCUGGAAAACACAGGUGGAGCAAGAGCGGAUGCUAAAGUGAAUAAUCAGUCAGAGACUACUAAAUGUGCAAUGGAAAGUGGUGACGGGAACACCGGAAUCCAAACCAAUGGGUUGGACUUUCAGAGGCAGACAGUGCCAACCACAAGUGCAAUCACUAAUGCACACGCACAAGCCCUCCUCCAACAGUCUAAGUCGGAAGACUCGAGCGCUCUUCCGACCUCCGUCCAGCAGAGCGUAUUGCCUCAAACCCAGCUAAUGUUGGCCGGGGGACAGAUUGCAGGAUUGACCCUGACCCCAGCGCAUCAGCAGCUGUUGAUCCAGCAGGCCCAAGCCCAACUCCUGGCCGCAGCCGUGCAGCAUUCAGCCAGCCAGCAGAACAGCACCACUGGGGCCAGCAUCUCGGCCUCCGCAGCCACACCCAUCACCCAGCUCCCCCUGUCGCAGCCCAUCCAGAUCGCCUCCCAGUUACAGCCCCAGAAUCUAAGUCUGCCUCAGUUUGUGCUGGUGCAGCCCGGCCACCCGAUCGCCACACAACUGCAGCCCGCUCAGUUCAUCAUCUCACAGACACCGCAGGCCCAGCAGGGCAUAUUGCAAGCCCAGGGUCUUCUAACUCAACUACCUCAAAGCCAAGCUAACCUCCUGCCGACUCAACCAAGCAUUACCCUUGCAACUCAGCAGCCUGCCACUCCAACCCGCACAACAGCAGCCACACCUAUUCAGUCCCUGCCCCACAGUCAGACACCACCCAAACGGUUGGAUACCCCCACUAUGGAGGAGCCUAGCGAUCUGGAGGAACUGGAACAGUUUGCCAAGACCUUCAAACAGAGGCGUAUCAAACUGGGCUUCACACAGGGGGAUGUUGGCCUGGCCAUGGGGAAGCUGUACGGAAACGACUUCAGCCAAACUACCAUCUCUCGCUUUGAGGCCUUGAAUCUGAGCUUUAAGAACAUGUGCAAACUCAAGCCAUUGCUGGAGAAGUGGCUCAACGAUGCAGUUUGUGCAGAGAACCUGACAUCUGACCAGGCCCUGUCCAGCCCCAGUGCCCUGGGCUCCCCGGGCAUGGGCAUAGAGGGGAUCAACCGCAGACGGAAGAAGAGGACCAGUAUUGAGACCAACAUCCGAGUGGCCUUAGAAAAGAGCUUUCUGGAGCAGAACCAAAAACCUACCUCUGAAGAGAUCACCAUGAUCGCUGACCAGCUCAACAUGGAGAAGGAGGUGAUUCGGGUCUGGUUCUGCAAUCGCCGGCAGAAAGAGAAGAGGAUUAACCCCCCCAGCAGCGGCAACAGCGGAGGAGGCAACACCCCCAUCAAAACCAUCUUCACCCCCAGUAGCCCAUUGGUGGCCAGCACAGCAAGCCUUGUGAGCAGCCCAACUAUUAACACACCCACCACUCUGACUGUAAACCCAGUGAUGCCUCUCACCAGCACCAGCGUCUCCAGUUUGUCUUUCACAGGCACAACAGUUGGAGCCACAAACACUGCAUCCGUCAUCUCUGCUGCACCUUUGAUUACUACAGCCAGCUCUCCAUCUUUAAGCCCGUCACCUGUUCAGUCCACGACCACGGAGAGCAAAAUUGGCACUCAGGCGCAAACCAUAGUCACCCAGGCCCCGACAUCCAUAGCCACCACUUUAGGGACGGGUCAGGUGAUGGUGGCGUCUCCAGGGCUGUCUGCGGCGCUGCAGGGUGCCCAGUUACCCACCAGUGCCAGCUUUGCUGCUAUGGCUGCUGCUGCUGGGCUCAACCCCGGACUGAUGGCCUCGUCCCAGUUCGCUCCAGGGGGUGCCCUGGCCCUCAGUCUGACUCCUGGUGGCCUUGGCAGUGCGCUGAGUCCUGCCCUCAUGAGCAACAGCACCUUAGCUACCAUCCAAGCUCUGGCAUCGGGCGGCACGAUCCCCAUCACCUCUCUGGAUGGCGGAAACCUGCUGUUCGCCAACACCUCUGCCGGUAGCACGCCCAACCUGGUGCCAACGUCGCUCUUCUUGAACCCCCCAAACCUGUCGCUGCUCAACCCCGUCAGCCUGGUGUCGGCCGGGACGGGGGGGCUGCAGGUCACCGCUGAUGCUCAUCAUCAAGCCGCCGCGGCUGCUGUGCCUGUGCAAGCCUCGACCAUUACCACUGCCUCCAAGGCUCAGUGAAGCCAGUCAGGCUGCGUCCUGAACAAACGCCCUAUUUCCUACGUUGUGCACUACUCCUUUCACACCACGUAGGGAAUAGGGAGGGCGUUCGAUUAUAGGCUCUGCGCUUCACUAACCACCCUACAUUCUUUCCAUUGUAUCUAUCAUUAUUUAAUCUUUUGCUGCCACCAAAAAGAAAACGACCUCAAAUGAGGUUGAGGUUGACUUUUUAGUUUUUAGUUUUGUUUCCUGUCUUCUCCUUUAUGAUUCUUGGAUGUUUUUUUUCCCCACAAACAGUAGCCAGAUGGACACUGUUGUUGGCCUGCCGCUCCUCAUGAACCUUGAAAAGUGUCCAGGAAGAAAAUGUCCUCGGCACCAUCAAGCUGUUCACAUUUUGUAUAUAUCUAUAUAUAUAUAGCUAUAUAUAUAUCCUCCUAUUUCCAGGUCAGAAUUUUCUCUGAAAUACUUCUAACCAAAAACCUUAGGAUUUUUGCUCUUUUAGCAUUCAAACUAAACUGAUUUACUACUAAUUUCACAAUAUUCAUCAUCACUAAUGGGGAUUUGUGUGUCACCCCAUCUUUAAUUAUCUCUCUUGGGUUUUUUGGACAGGCCUUGACGUAAAUCAUAUCAAAGUUAUAUUGUAGAUUUUUUCUUUAUCUUUGCUGUCUAUUUUUUGACAUUUUCAGAACUUUGUAAGUCUAAUAUUAAGUUAAGAUUUAACUAUCACUUUUUAAUCGUGGUUAUAAGGCUUUAAAAACAAGUAAUAAGUGGCCGAUAUAAAGGUUAUCAUUGCUUUAAGGGUCAGAGAGUUGUGUCUCUCUGGGUCUCUCUUUCUGGAAACACUGAGUUUUACAUUCUGCUGCGGUGGCACUGUUGCCCCUGAGCUUUUGUAAAAUGCCGGUCUGGGUGCGGAUUAUUGACACUGAUAGAAAAUGACUGAAAACAUUGCGUUGAGAGCUUUAUAAAGAGCUGCAGACAUGCAGCCCCGUGUCUGACUGAGGCUGAUUUGCUUUGGAUGGUGGUCCAUUGGAAAACUGUACAUUAUGUUUUGGAUUCAGAGGUAGAAAAUAGAAGUCUGCAUGUGUUGUCUACAGCUCAGGCAGGUGCUGAGAGUUCAGUAACUGCAUGAUCCACGUGGCUCUGUGGCUGACUGGUCUGUUUUGGGGGAGGGCUAGUCAGGGGGCGUGGUCAUCAUACACCAGAUGUAUGGUGGCGUUGGCUAGAUGGGUUAUUGUAUUGUGUUUAUGUUUUCUUUUUCUUUUUUUUUUUAAUAGUAGUACCGUCGUAUCUACUUGUGCACAGUAUCUGUACCAAAAAACUGGAUUGAUGAGCUGCAGUCUGCCUGUUUUGGGAGGAAUGAAAUUCUGUCUUUUUUUUUUUUUUUGUCUGCAGUCGUUCGACUGGCUUACGUACUUUAAGAUAUACCAAAAAUAUUUGUUAAAAUAAUUGCUGUGUGUAGUCGGUGUAGUUUAGUCUAGUCGAUAUAUUUAUGAGUACAGAAUCUCUCUUCAUUGUCAACAGAAUAUAGAAAUGCAAUAUUUUGAUGAUCAUUUUCCAAAGAUGAACUUUUUCUUUUUUGAUUUGAUAAAAGUGUCUCAUCGCUCGACUUUUUAAUUGGCAGCACAACUGACCAAAAAAGAGGGAUUGGCGGGUUGGGGCACGAGAGAGUAGUUUCCUUUUACUUGUUUUGAAUUGGUUUUUAUCACCGGGGCCUCGCCCCCCUAACGCCUGAUCCUGGUUUCCUUUGAGCCAUGUGAUGGCUUGUUUUCCUUUUUUUCUGUUUUGGCCGUUUUGGUAGCAGUUUUGGACUUUUCUGAAGCAUAAUAGAAAGGUUCUGUUUUUUGGUUUUGUACUAAUAUUCAGCCAUAAAACAACAGCUUGAACCAAAGUGGUUUUCCUCAGUAGUUGCUGUGCCUGUCCGAGCACGCCGUUCACACGAUCUCUACUCGCCACACUGCUGACAAAUUGUUUUCCUCCUCUCCCACCUCGGUCAAUACCGGAUAUUCCUGAUUUGGUGCUGCUGGAUAAGGAUCACAGAAACUUUAGCUUUAACAACUUGCUGCUGAAACUCCUGGUGGAGUGGAGCUGUUGAGAGGCCUGCAUGCUUUCCUAUAGCUUUAUGACUGCACCCUGUGAAAAUCAGGUUCUGUGGUUUCAACCCUCCUGUCUGGAGGGCUCACUUGUGUAAAUGCAUAGAUCGUAUCAUCAGAUAACACACCGCACCUCCGCUCAGUGCCGCCAUUUUGAACCAGCAUGCUAUGACACAAUGUGCUGCUGCUCCCCAAAUCUGUCCGUGGACUAGUUUUAAAACCUGCCAAAUUAUCUUACCCAAUGCAGCGCUGGGCUGUCAUGUGCGACACAUUCAACCAAACCCCACAUGAAAAGUAGCUUUGUUCUGCUGCUUCCAAACAACAAAACGAACAGUGAUGGUGAAAUCGCUGAGACUGUAAGCAGUGAAAUCUGUCCAUGUUAUCCUCUUGUGUACUUCUUUUCUGUCGUUUGAAUUAUUUUGACUGAAUAUACCUCAGCAGCACUUAAACAUAAGGUUCACCUUUAGGCAUUUCUGUGUAUAGAACAGUGUAGAAUGUAUAAGUACUGUCUGGCUCGCCAUUCAAAGUUUAUACUGAUGAACCAUACUUAGGAACCACACAUAAAAGGACAACCUACUACUGCUAUUUUCUAGUACUACUAUCUAUGGGGUAUUUCCAGGUUUGAAUAUUAUUUUGAAAAUCCUUCUUGCCAAAGUAAAAGCCUUUCUCUUUGCAGCUAUCGGCGGGUGUCUGGCUGCUUACGUUGCUGGUUUCCCCGUCUCUAAAGGCCACAGCGGGCCUCAAGGACUCAGUCCUGUUCCAGUGCUGUUUGUAGUUACUAAAGAGUUGAACAUGUGUUGGCGAGAUGAACCAGUUGCCGUCGGCACCAUAGGAUGUUACUGAAAUAUUUAUCUGAGGAAAGACUUAAGAAUUAGAGAAACGAUCUUUUCUUAAUUCUAUACAUAUAAAUAUAUAUAUAAACACGUGUAAGAUAUUCAUAUUUUAUAUUUGAACCAGUAUGUUAUCAAGACUGAAUGUAGUGUUUAUCAUGCUUACUCGGAAAAAGAAAAAACUCCCCGAAAUCUUCCUUUUUAUUAUUGCAAUUUUUCUUUUUUGUUUGUUUUUGAAAAAUGACAUGACCAAAAAAUAGGAUAAGGAAUGCGAGACCACGCCUCGGUGAUGGUGCGUGAGUCGCUGACACCCGCGUCUGUCGUGUAUCUGCGAGGUCUUUUCGACAGGAAGUGUUCGUUCUGGCACUCCUGACCCUGAAGCAUCUGAUCUUAAUCUUUUUAAUAGUUGGUUUUUUUUUUUGGGUUGAGUCGUUGUGGACUUGAUUUGUUGUGCUGUCUUUAACAAUCAUUUGAUUUUUUUUUUAUAAUAUUACUUUAUGCCUUUACUUGUUUUGUAUAGUGUGAGAGGGCAAGAUCACUGGCUUUCUUAGUUUGACAAAGAAGAUUAACAUUAUCAUUUAUGCCUUAUUGUUACGUAGAAGACAUGAGCAUUGUAGCAUUGUCGUGUGUGUGUGUGUGUGUGUGUGUGUGUGUGUGUGUGUGUGUGUGUGUGUCGGGGAGAG